CCCAGCACAGGAUAAAUCUGCCCUCCCCUAAAAGCCACCCAGAGUGUCUACAGGACGUGUGCUCGUGGGAGGAGGACGGAGGUCUCCUGUGGAGCAGCACUGGCCUUGGGGACCACAGCAGCUGUGUUGAGGAGUCAUCCUGUGCCAGCACCAGACCCACAGGGACAACCGUGACGUGGGGUAGGCUGCCAGCCCUGGCCCAGCCAUGAGUCUGGAGCUCCCCAAGCUGGAGAUCAAAUCAGCCACGAGGGUGACAGGAGGACCUGCCACCCCUCGCAAAGGGCCACCCAAAUUCAAGCAGAGGCAGACAAGGCAGUUCAAAAGCAAGCCCCCCAAAAAGGGGGUGCAGGGGUUUGGUGAUGAUAUCCCAGGCAUGGAGGGGCUGGGAACAGACAUCACCGUCAUCUGUCCCUGGGAAGCCUUCAGCCACCUGGAGCUGCAUGAGCUGGCCCAGUACGGCAUCAUCUAGGCAGGCCAUGGGCACCCAGCCCAUAGGGCUGUGUAGGUAGAAGCCAUCCCACCCCUGUGGCGAGGCUCAGCCUGGAGAAAUGUUCAUUAAAGCCCAGAAUGA